GUUUAAAUACUGAUUUAUUUUACGUCCAGGACGAGCUAGUUGGAUGUUUUUAAACCCCGCAGGUGCGCUGGUUUGUCGGUCGGACCGAACACCUGCAGUCGGCUGUGACACGCCGGCGCGGCGGAGGGUGGAGUCCCGCCGCCUCUGAUUGGACGACCGUCCAGACAGACGGGCGUUCUAGACGGUCAGCUAAGCCUCCCCCGCUGCUGCUCUGCAGACGCUGGCUUUGUUCUGAUCCAAACCGGAGAAAGAAGAAAAAGAGGGAGUAGUUCUGGUCCGAUGGAGGCCGCCGUGCUGACGGCCAUGGCGGAGGUGGAGUGCGGCGGCGGCGGCAACAUGCUGAAGGCGGAGCUGGAGGUGAAGAAGCUGCAGGAGCUCGUCCGCAAACUGGAGCGGCAGAACGAGCAGCUGCGGAGCCGCUCCGGAGGAUGCCGACAGUCCUCCCUGGAGACCUUCCACUACUUCCAGCCGCACAGCGUCGACGAUGAAGCCACGGAGGACGAAGAGGAGGAGGAGGAGGAGGAAGAGGAACAGUUGGUUCUGGAUGACCUGGAGCUUUUGGAUCUGGACUCGCUGAGCUCCGAACCUGAUGAAACCUGGUUGUACUCCUCUUCCAAGUCCACGCAGAGCUCAAGUGACUCCCUCACGCCGCUGGAGUGGUGCCGGAAGGUUCUGGACAGCCCCAAAUCUGAGGUGGAGGCUGCCAGGAAGUCCCUGUCCCUGAAGCUGGAACAAGUCUCUAGGUGGCGUAGCUCUCUGCCCAACCCCUCGCUAUCCUCCUCCUCCUCUUCCUCCUCUCCCGGACCUCCUCGAGUGGCAGGAGUGUCUCCCAUCAGUUCCUCCCCUCAGCCGCCCGACCGACCCGCUCCAUCCUACUCCUCCCCAAUCCACCCACUCCUUCACCGCACCCUGAGCCCCAUCGGGAAGGAGCUGUCCCCUGUGGCUGAGAGGACCCCCACCUUCCUCCCUCACCCUGCCUCUCAAGGUCGCAGCCAGCGGCGCUCCGCCUUCAGCGCUCAGUCGUCUGUGGACAGCGACCUGGGAGCGUCGGAGCUGGAGGACGACCCCGUGGGGCUGGAAUACAAACUACAGGACCUGACUGACGUCCAGGUUAUGGCUCGACUGCAAGAGGAAAGUCUAAGGCAGGACUACGCCAGCACGUCCUGCGUCCUGGCCAACCGCCGCAGCCAGAGCUUCUCCUUCCAGCUCAGCUCGCUCGGAGCCGGCCGUGGCCUGGAGGAGGACGACGAGGAGGACGAAGACGACUACGGGCUCCUCCCCCCGCCGCAGCCCCGCCUCGCCUGCCUGCCGCACUCCCACACCUUCUCCAGCAUCAGAGACUGGCGAAGAAUAAGCUGCGGAGGAGCAUGCCUAACCUGGUCCGAGCUCCCAGCAUGCCCAUUCCCACUAAUCCUUGCGCUUCGCCUUCUUUGCUACGUAACAGCCAGAGCUUUGACUCAUCCUGCGCUCUGGCGCGCCUGCAGUCCUCUAUCCCUCCCCCAGGCCAACUCCAGAACAGGGUACAGAGCGUCGGCAACUUCUCUUUGCUGUCACGGCAACCGUCGAAGGCCACCGCCUAUGUCAGCCCCACUAUCAAAGGCUCCGCCUCCACCAGCCUCCAGUUCCUGAACAGCAGCGGGAUUCCUCUGCUCAACAAACCCGCGGGAGGCUCCGCCUCCACUCCGACGACGCCCCGCAGCAGCCUGCCUCGCCCCGCCUCUUUUGUGUGCACCACAAUCUCCGCUCCCCGCAGCAAGGUGGCCCAACCAACAAGAAGUUUACUGACUCCUCCAAAGAGCUUGUCCACCUUCAGUGCCCUUCGUAACAGCAGCUGGAGAGACGGCUGCUACUGACGAGGAACGUGUACGCGGAACCUACCCCUGCUGGCCGGGGGGGCGGGGUCGCUACCUACGACCUGUUUCAGAUUCUGGACACUUUGAGCCAAAUCGUCACCGAGGCGACGUCAAGCCAGAGAUCCUGCAUCCAACCUCCAUCUUGAUACUUCUAUGCAGUUUCUUCGGAGAAAGCGGGUAAUUCAGGCGUUAACUGUGAUGGUGUGUGCCAAAAGGGGGCGCUGUUCCCUGUUGCUCUGUGCAAUAAACCCAGGCUGUUCGGUC